AUGACGACGAUGAGUAUUAAUAUCGCGAUGUGCAAACACAGUUCUUCUUUCCCGUCCAAGGUCUCCCCGUCGAGUGGAAGGAAACCACCAAUCGGUUUCGGAUAUCGCGCGGGUUCGAUGAAAGCCUUCAAACCGAACGCCUCUUCAACCGAUGCGAAUAAUGUUGAAGACAAUUCAGUCACCUUGGUCCUCCUCGCCGGCGGCGUCGGGAAACGAAUGGGCGCGAACAUGCCGAAACAAUACUUGCCUUUACUCGAUGUGCCUAUCGCGGUGUACUCGCUGAGAAAAUUCGCCACCAUGAGGGAAAUCGGAGAAAUCGUAGUCGUGUGUAACGAAGAGUACGACGACGUGUUUACUUCUGAGAAGAUUUCGAAACCUUUAGUGAUUGCACGACCAGGCGCGGAAAGGCAAGAUUCAGUGUAUAACGGGAUAACGAAAGCGAGAAAAGAGACGAAGUUGUUAGCCAUACACGAUAGCGCGAGGCCGUUGACGGAUUUGGAGGACGCGAGGAGAUGUUUCGAGGACGGCGCGAAGUUUGGCGCGGCGGUGUUGGCGGUGAAGUGUAAAGCGACGAUUAAGCAAGCGAAUAAAGAUGGGAGCAUUGAUAAGACGUUGGAUAGGAGUUUGUUGUGGGAGAUGCAAACGCCGCAGGUUAUAGAACCGAAUUUGUUGAAGGAGGGGUUUCAGUACGUGAAGGAGAACGGGUUGGAGGUAACGGACGACGUUUCGGUCGUCGAACAUUUGGGGAAGAGAGUGCAAAUUACGGAGGGGAGUUAUUAUAACAUCAAAGUGACGACGCCGGAGGAUAUGUUCAUCGCGGAGAGGCUGUUGAACGAAGAGCCAAAGCUUAGAUGCGUGUAA